CACUGACACAGACCCCUUAUAUGACACAAAUAUGCGCAUUGGCACGCCUUAUCAGCCAGCAGCAGCCAACUCGUUUGCGUGUGUGUGCGUGUGCGUCUGCGUUGAUGUGUAUAUGUAUGCAUGUUGGUGUUUCCUCAGUCCAGUGUGCCAACAUAUACGUCAGCCGCCCUGCACACCGAACUCGAACGGGAAACCGCCAAUCCCUCUUGAAGCAGCUGUCACACAAACAUACUUACAUACCAUGUGGCUCAGUGAGUGCGGCCACACGUGCACGAUCCAUGCUCACUUGUCAGAGGCUUCUUUAUCUUUCUCGUGAGCCUGCCGAUGUAUAGAUUGGAGUUCGGUUCGGCGAGGGUGAAGUCAAACGGACGAUUGAAGUUGAAACGCUGCGUAAGCGAGUGGCAAUGAUGGUGUGGAUACAGACAUACGUGCGCGCUUCUGUGUUAUGUCAAUCUAUAUGUGUACGUAUGUUCGUAUAUACCUGCGUGCUGGUGUCAGCUGCGGUCUCUGCGAGAAGCCUCUUCCCUUCAGAUUCGUGUGCAGAGUCUGAAAAAAACACACACACACAUGCAUGUAUAUAUACAGAGGAACACACAUAGCGGUGUGUGCCCACUUACCUGGAGCAACGACGGGUAUGUGUGUCCGAAUGGCUUUUGAGUCAACGCAGCGAUGAAGGCAGUCGUCAUGGCACCACCUACGGCCAUCAACAUGAUACAUGCAUGUCGUGUGUGAUGAUGUAUGUUGUGUAUGUACGUGUGCAAUGUCUACCAGCUGAAUGAGGCUCCGAUGCGCUGCCGUGUACAUCUGCACACACACACACACACAUACACACAUGGAUGCUUACACGUGUCUCUGCAUUAUCCAUACCCACCUGCGCUCGUCUGCGCGUCCUCACAGCCACUGAACAGCUGCACGUCGCCCAUCCUGCGCACAGACAUACACAAACACGAUGCGUGGAUGUACUUCCCUGCCUGCCGGCCAAUACGUACGUGUGGCUGGGGUUUUGGUCCUCCAUCCACUUCUCCUGCUUCGACUCCCAUGUGUACGGCAAAUCCAGACCUGUGCCGGAAUGGCAGCAGUCCAUGACGGCGGUCAUUCGCACGCCACUGGGCAACGGACGAAUCUGUCGGCAGGAGACAUGCGUAUACGUACGUCUGUAUUUCCUUCUGAUCUGUCUCGAUGUAUGUACCAUGAGGUCGUGUAGGUCGUCAUCGACAAUCUGCCCCUCCUUUUGGUAGUCCAUCGGGAUGAUCGUCUCGUCUACAUCCGCACAUUCAGCCGCAUGUGUCGGUGCAUUCGUGUGUCUCUGCAUCCACUCACCCAUGCCGUCCUCCUCUCGGCCAGAGGGGUCCACCUGCUGUGAGCCGUGACCUGUACACACGUGGAGCAGGCAGAUGGAGAUAUGCACAGAGAGAGUGUGUGCGCGCCUGACCUGAGAAAUGGAAAAAGAGUGCGUCUCCGGGCUGUGCAUUGAGAGCCAGCCAUUUGCAGGCCUUCAGGAUGUUGCUGCAUACGCAUUCACACGUGCGCACCCCGGAAAGUACACCUGAGCACGUCUACUACUCACCUUUUGGUCGGCAGGCAUCUCUCAUCGUUGCUGUCAUCGGUCAACACCACCUGCAGUGGAUGUACAGAAGCCCCUGUGGAUACGUACGUGUGUGUGUGUGCAUCUGUGCUCGCGCACCAUUGUCUCGGGUGUGUCAGGGAAUCCGUAUAUGCCCGUCAGCACGCGGCGCAUGUUUUUGACGUCAUUUAUGCAGCUGCAAACACAGGACAUCCUUCUAUCUCUGCAUAUCUGUACAUGGGCGUGUGUAUGUGUACCCUUUGAGCUCCGCUCGCGUGCCCUUGUAGUUGCAGCCCACCAUCGGAGCCUUCUUACGACCUGCACACAUCCAUGUGUUUCCGUGUGUGUUCAUGUCUCCUCCUGCAUAUGCACACACACGCACCAGUGGGCUGCGCAGGUGCCCCUCCCACAGACGAGGCGUGCACAACACCAGCCUGCUGGGAGGAAAUGCCCUGUGGCGACAAAGCCUGCAUACAUGCACAUACACACAUACAUGGAUGCACACGGACAGAUACGCACCCAAGGAUCGAAUGUCUUCACACACGCACCUGUUGCUGCACCUCAUAUCAAGACAGGUAUGGGUGCGUCACGGUGGUCUCGGACGGUUCGUGUUGCUGCGCAUACGCCGACGUCGAGUCGCCCCAUGUGUAUGGCUGCUGUGGCUUGUUGUGCGAAAAUGCAGAGGCUGAAUUCUCCCAGGAGUAGGGCUUUGACGGCUUGUUGAGAGGUGAGUUCUCCGCGGCGAUCGUGAUCGCUAUCUACAGAUGGCAUACAGUUUCGCAUUGGUGAAAGCACACACACGGGAGACGCAUGAUCGCUCACCUGGAUCAGUUCUUCAAGGGCCCUUUCCUUGUCAUUAUUCUGAACACGCACAGAGUGUCCGGUUGUGUGUGUGUGAGCAUGCAGCACACGUGCGCAGGUGUGGCCCACCCAUUUGAUCAGCGCAGUGGCUAUCUCUUCAUACGUGCAGUUGGGCAGUAUGUUUCGGAUGUCCUGUGUGCAAUGAUUCAUCAUCGACAUUCACGCCAUACCUCUGAGUGAGUGAGUGUCUGCGUGCCUGGAUGUAUUGCACGUUCGGCUCGACUUUCUUUUUCGGGGGCUGACCAUGGCCUACAUCCGUAUAGACACAUACAUACACCGACACAUUCGUUUUUGCUUUAAAAAGGUACCCACCCAUCAGUUCGGCGGUGGCUGCCUGCUUGUCGCCAUUGUGCCGCACGAGGGCUUUCUCCACCUGUUCGUUGUUUGGGCGUGCCCAUCCAUAUGUAUGUGCGAGGAGACAUACCUGCUGUCUGCUCAAAUGCGGCAUGAUGGUGAGUAUCGCUUGCACGGCGGCAUCAGAGACAGAGCCAGCAGCCGGGCUGUCUGUACACAUACACUCAUACACGAGCCAUGUGGGCAUGUGUAUGUGUGUGUCUCUGGUUAGUUACCAGUAUGUUUGUAUGACGGAGGUGGCCUGGGCUGGGUUUGGGUGUGUUGGCUGUAGAUGGGAAUAUGCAGGUUUGGCUGCUGGCCCGGCUGCGGCUGAUAUGAGGGAUACGAGGGGUAUCCUCCCACCGGUUGAUGUUGCUGCUGUUGGUACUGGUGCUGGUGCUGCUGCUGCUGUUGGCCCGUCUGCGGCGGGUAUGAGGGAUACGAGGGGUACCCUCCCACUGGUUGUUGGCCCCCUUGAUACGGCCUGCGGCGCUCCGAGACACGUACACAGACAAUACCUAUCCAUGUGGCUCCGCGAACCUGUUUGCUUGCUGCCCGCUGCCUGGCUGGAGCUGGAACUUGAUGCCGAUUUGACCUACGAGCAGUGACACACAUAUGGGCUGGAGGGAAGCAGUGCGCGUUUCAUUGUACCUUUUCCAUUCUGCAGAUUGUACCAGCCUGCACAUGAUCGAGAUGCAGACGCUACAUCGGAUGAAUAGGUCCAUCCGUGCGUUCAUGUGCGCACCCUCCAUUGGCGCGGCAUUCAUUUGCGUGUUCGGCGGCAGCCGCAACGAGACGCUGCCUGAAUAGACACAGGCGCACAUUCGUCUGUCUGCGGCGACAAAAAAGGAGUGUAAGCAUGCAUGCAUGCAUACCCAUAGAAUCAUCUCUGGUGAAUCGGUCCCAGUCAAACACCUGCAUGGUGUGAACACACGCAUGUCUGCCCAGGUAUCCCCCAUGUUGCUCAAUUGAUGUUGCUUGCCUCGAACGUCAAAGGCGGGUUCUGAAUAGACGGCUGCAGCAAGACACACGCACGCACAUGGAUGGGCUUUUCCAUGUGUGUUUGUGUGCGGGCUACGGACUUCCCAAUCCAGCAGAAAUGACUGGUUCCAUGUGGGGUUGAGGGACUUGUUCACCCUCUCUGUCCUGUACUCUUUCCCCUGCCACUUGAGCUUCACGUAGGGGUCACUCGUGCCGCCUGUUUCCACGCAGAAUGUCAUGCACUCUGUGCAGCGAGCACGUGCUUGUGUCUGCUCACCGAUGUCCUUGGCCGCCAGAUCGCGUCCACCGAUGAUUGUGACCUACACACAAACACAUCUCUUCUCCAUCAGUGAGAAACCCCCGGCUGAAUGCACGCACCUGAAGCUUCUGGGACAUUUC